GGUGGCGAUAUGUCCCUUUGAAACCUGCGUGCAACUACCCAAAACCAAGACGAAGAAGAAGAGUUGUUCUUCCGGUGUCACAGGCAACAAACCCGAGAAGCAGAGAGACUCCGAAGAAAAUCGGUCAAAGCCGAAGAAACAAACACGUUAAAAUCAUGUCUCACACCAUCCUGCUCGUGCAGCCCACCAAGAGGCCAGAGGGAAGGACGUACGCUGAUUAUGAAUCUGUUAACGAGUGUAUGGAAGGUGUGUGUAAGAUGUACGAGGAGCAUUUAAAGAGAAUGAACCCCAACAGUCCAUCCAUCACAUACGACAUCAGCCAGCUGUUUGACUUCAUCGAUGAUCUGGCCGACCUCAGCUGCUUGGUGUAUCGUGCGGACACACAGACGUACCAGCCGUACAACAAAGACUGGAUCAAAGAGAAGAUCUACGUGCUGCUGCGCCGCCAGGCUCAGCAGGCGGCAAAGUGAAACAGCUGACAGGGGGACACCGGGGGGGUUCAGUGUGCAUUUUCUUUUUGUGUCAAGCUGUUUUUGAGAAGUUUCUAUCAAAGUUUCUAAACUUUUUUUUGUUUUAUCAUGGUGGGUGAUGUGUUUUGUAUUUUAAUGUUUGACUGAUUAAUAAAGAUUUGGUUUCAGUAACAAAAA